AUGCGAUCAGUUCCACUACUGUUCCUUGCUGUGUUUCUCAUAGCACUGAGCUUCUCAGUUUCAGCCAAUACGGUAUUAGCUGAAGGUGAAAGUCGAGCACUUCGAGUACGUCGUGGGGCUUGUUUCAUCGGUUUUGGCUGUCCAUUUGGCGGAGGACCAUGCGAUAGCGGAUGCAAAGACAGACGCUACAGACGCGGUUCAUGUGCCUUUUUGGAAUGCUGCUGUACGAAUCAUUAG